ACACUUCAUAUUCACCUCUUUAUUGCGUUCCUACUAUGUAAAAGCCUUGCCCUUUUCUUUGUUCCAAGGCCUGUCACUUUUGUUCAUAUCGAAACAACAAAAGUUAAAGAAACAAGAAAAGACAAAAAACCUCCUUCUCAUUCCCAUUCUUAGAUGUGUAUCUGCUAAAUCUUUACAUACACAUUUCAUAUAUUACUCUUAUUUAUUGUCUGCAUUCUUGAAAAUAUCGAUUUUAAGCUUAAUGUGUUGAUGUUUCUGGGAAAUCAAGGAAUACCCAAUAGUCAGUAACAUCUCUGUAUGCAGAAAGGUGCUUGCAGAGGGGUUUCACUAGCACUCUCUUGUGAUCUUGUUUUCUUGAAUCCCUUCAUUAUGGAAAGGGAAACAUCAUGGGAGAGUCAUUCUCUUGAGAACAUCGUAGGAGGCAUUGGCGGGUUUAAUUCGUUUUUAGAGCUUGGUAAUGAGAGAGAUAAAGGAAAUACAAAAGUGUCAGUGGAUUUAAUAUUGCCAGAUGACUUGUUAGAACUCAUUCUAGCUUAUCUUCCCAUUGCAAGCAUCUUUAGGGUGGGCUGUGUGUGCAAAAGAUGGAACGAAAUUGUUAGUUCAAAGAGGUUUCUAUGGAAUUUCAAGCAUUCUUUACCAAAAAAACCUUGGUAUUUUAUGUUUACGAACUCUGAUGAGCCUACAGGUUAUGCCUUCGACCCCCUUUUCCGGAAGUGGUAUAGCAUAGAACUACCCUACAUUGAGACAUCUAAUUGGUUUAUUGCUUCUUCAUGUGGGUUAGUUUGCUUCAUGAAUAAUGAUAGUAGAAGUGAGCUUUAUGUCUGCAACCCAAUUACUAGAUACUGCCGGAGGCUUGACGAGCUUCCAGUUCUAAAAUUUUCUGAUUACAGCGCAAUGGCAAUCUCAGUUGAAAAGGCAUCUCGUUGUUACAAUGUAACAGUUGUGAAAUCUAAACAAGUUCCAGGAAACUUUUACCAGUGGGAACUAUCUAUUCACAUCUAUGAAUCUGAAACAAAGACAUGGGCUACCCCUUUGGCAGAGGUUUUAACUGGUUGGAGAGGUUGUGGUGAUAGUGUGAUCUGUAAUGGGGUCUUGUUCUUCCUGAUAUGCUCGACCGGAGGUGGCAUGCCAGAGAACCGUCAUGGACUAGUAACUUAUAACUUAUCUGGGAGGUUGUCACAUGACCCAUUAAUGAGGGGAUUUGUCCCAAUGCCAUGUCCUCUUACCUGUGCCCGUCUGAUGAAUUUGAAGGAGAAGUUGGUAAUGGUGGGAGGGAUAGGGAAACAAGAUCGGCAGGGUAUAAUCAAGGGCAUUGGUAUUUGGCUUCUGAAUGGAAAGGUUUGGCAAGAGAUUUCCCGAAUGCCCCACAAGUAUUUUCAAGGGUUUGGAGAGUUUGAUGAUGUUUUUGCUAGCAGUGGUACAGGUGACCUCAUAUACAUUCAGAGCUACGGAGCUCCUGCUCUCCUUGUCUUCGACUUUAACCAGAAGCAAUGGAAGUGGUCUCAGAAAUGUCCAGUUACAAAGAGGUUCCCCCUCCAGCUCUUUACUGGAUUUAGCUUUGAGCCUAGGCUUGAAACGGAGCCGUAAUUCCCAUCACCAUUGUCAAGUGGUGUCAUGGGCAAGCUUAUUCAGAAUCUUAUUCAUUGGCCUACCCCUUUUUUAAUCCCUGUUGCAGUUUUGCUUUGGCCAUUACUCUAUAAAUUGUUUUAAGGAAUCACAUAUAAUGUGUUCUCCCAUAUGAGGCUGCUCAUUUACAGGAAAUGGGAUAUUAUUUUUUUACGAUUAUAUAUGGCAAAAUUCUCACAGCUAUUGGCAAUAUAAUAGACUGAAUUGAGUAUCAAAUUAUGUAUUCACAUUGAAUUUUUGCUUCCUA